CGCCGGGCGGGCCCAGGAGAGGAGCCGGGACGCAGGAGGCGGGGACCCGAAGCGGGCCCCGGCGCGGCCGCAGCAUGUGACCGGCGGGGUGGGGAACGGGGCUGACCCGCAGGACGUGCCCGGCUGCCGGCCUCCAGCGGGGCAUUUAAAUGGCAGCGCCCGGCGGGCCCGCCGCUGAGCUCGCCCGUCUCGGCGCCCGGCACCAUGAGAUCCUCGCUGGCUCCCGGGAUCCGCGUCAUCCGGGCUCUGCCCCGGGACAGCUGCACUGUGGGCAAACUACUGUCCUCCCAGCGGUGCAGGCCAGUAAGCUUGGUGUCAGCUGUGAUGAGUCCUUCUCCCUAGACCUGCACAUUCAAACUACUUCUUUAUACAACAUCUCUGAGAUCCAGCCUUUCCUCUCUGCCCACGUAGCCAGAUGCCUGUCGAGGCCUCAGCGUGUCCCACAGUGGCUGCUGCACUCCUGCUCCCCUCAGGUAUCGGGGGCUAACACUUGUGCUGACGUUCCUGUUUUAUACCAGUUUCCAUCUCUCUCGCAAACCCAUUAGCAUUGUGAAGAGUGAGCUGCACAGCAACUGCUCUUCUCCGGGAAAGACUCCCCCCAAUGACACCAAUAGCACCACGUGGUGUGACUGGGCUCCCUUUGAUCAGGCUAACUACAAAGAGCUCUUUGGUGCCCUGGACAAUGCCUUCUUGGUUGCCUAUGCCAUUGGAAUGUUUAUCAGCGGCAUCUUUGGUGAGCGCCUUCCAUUGCGCUAUUACCUGUCGGGAGGGAUGGUGCUGAGUGGAAUGUUCACUUCCUUGUUCGGCCUGGCCUACUUCUGGGAAAUCCACGUUCUCUGGUACUACAUCAUCAUCCAGAUCUGCAACGGUUUGGUGCAGACAACUGGCUGGCCAUCUGUGGUGACGUGCGUUGGGAACUGGUUCGGAAAGGGGAAGAGAGGUCUGAUCAUGGGCAUCUGGAAUUCCCACACCUCUGUAGGGAACAUCCUGGGGUCCCUGAUCGCUGGAGUGUGGGUUUCAUCAGCCUGGGGCCUGUCUUUCAUCGUGCCUGGGAUCGUCAUUGCAGUCAUGGGAAUCCUCUGCUUCUUGUUCCUUGUUGAAUAUCCUGAAGACGUUGACUGCAACCCACCUCUAUACCAUACGGAAUCGGAGGAGAAAGACCCUGAAGUGACGCUCUCCACUGAUGAUGGGAGCUGUAUCCGAGAGAACACUAUCGAUUCUUCAGUGUGUCCCGGAGAACCAGCUGAGCAGCCAGAAGCCAUCAGCUUCUUAGGAGCCCUCAGGAUACCUGGUGUGGUGGAGUUUUCCUUAUGCCUGCUGUUUGCAAAGCUGGUCAGUUACACUUUCCUCUACUGGCUGCCUCUCUACAUUGUGAAUGUUGCUCACUUCAGUGCUAAGGAGGCUGGGGACCUGUCCACGCUCUUUGAUGUUGGCGGCAUCCUAGGAGGCAUUCUGGCUGGUCUUAUAUCGGACUACACUGGCGGCAGGGCCACCACAUGCUGUGUGAUGCUAAUAGUGGCUGCUCCCAUGCUAUUCCUGUACAAUCAUGUUGGCCAGAAUGGAAUAGCCAGUUCAAUAGCUAUGCUUAUUAUAUGUGGUGCCCUGGUGAAUGGGCCUUAUGCUCUCAUUACGACAGCAGUUUCAGCUGACUUGGGAACUCACGAGUGUCUCAAAGGAAAUGCAAAAGCCCUGUCCACUGUCACAGCCAUAAUUGAUGGGACUGGAUCUAUAGGUGCUGCUCUGGGCCCCCUGCUGGCAGGGCUGAUCUCUCCCACUGGCUGGAACAAUGUCUUCUACAUGUUAAUAACAGCAGAUAUCUUGGCUUGCAUGUUCCUUUCCCGGGUGGUGUAUAAAGAGAUUAAAGGAUGGUGUGGCUGCUACACAAGAAAAAGAGGAUUUAAAGAAUUUUGACCUGACUCCCUGUGACCAGAGGCAGUGGAGUGCAGCAGUGACGGGCUUUGCUGGCAGAACCCACCUUUAAUGCUCUCAGUUUAAAGUGGGAGGAAUUAUGGAGGCAAAAUGAACUGGGAAGAUGAGUAGUUCUCUAAAACCCAACCACCACGGACUCUAAUCAUUGGCAGCAGCUUUAACCAGGGCGAAGGUGCAGAAAAGAUGGUGCAUUCUGGGUCAUGACUGUUUUGUGAGGCAUAACUGGGGCCUCUGACUCUUACCUGCUGCCUCUGCUCCUCUUCCAUUAUUCUUUUUAUUAUUAAAAUGGUGCUAAACCUG